AGUUACUGACAACAGUUUAGAAAACGGAAAAAAUCCAUGAAAUAUAUAUCACGACGAAAAUGUCGAGUUGUAUGUUGUUCUUUACUGUAAUCAUAGCGGGGGUGUUUAUGGGCACAAUCGCGACAAAUUAUUGCAAUUUGAAGUCAUGCGUAAACUAUGGAAAUAUUCAUACGAUGUGCAAGUAUACUUCAUCUACACCGGCGUCAACAUGUAGCAAAUGGGAAAAAGCAGGUUUAACCGAUGCAGAAAAGAAGACAAUAGUGACUCUACACAACCAGCUGAGGCGAAAAGUUGCAGCGGGUAAAGAAACGAGAGGAAAUCCGGGCCCGCAACCAGCGGCAGCUACAAUGCCAGACUUGACUUGGGAUAAUGAAUUAGCAAUGGUUGCACAGAGAUGGGCUAAUCAAUGCAAAUACGGCCAUGAUGCUUGUAGAAAUAUAGAAAGAUUCCAAGUUGGCCAGAACGUAGCCAUAAGAGGCAGCACUGGUGAAAACCUUUCGACUGUGGAUCAAAUGAUUCUUUCGUGGUACAGUGAAGUGGAUUUGAUGAACAAAAAAUAUGUUUCCUCAUUUCCGAAAGAUGACACGUAUAAGAAAAUAGGUCAUUAUACUCAAAUAGUUUAUGGUAAUACGAAGACUAUUGGUUGUGGACGAAUAUUUUACAAGGAUGGCAAAUGGAACCAACAAUAUUUGGUUUGUAACUACGGUCCAGCUGGAAAUUAUCCAAACGCACCAGUAUACCAAAUUAAGCAAUAAAUUUAACCAUUAAAUGUAUAAAUGAUCCAUAAGCAAUGUGAAAACUAUAACGAGAUACAAUAAGAGGGAAAACAUAUUUCUAUAUCUCUCUUCUUUAUAAAAUAAUUCGAAACAUUCUGCGAUAAAAUAAAAGCAAUAGCAAUCAUAAA